UUUUUGCUCUUCGUUGCUUUCUCUCUCAGCUACAGAAUUUUCUGGUAUAGGGUCUGGUAUUGGGGAGAGGUCAAUCUUAACCUGUAGUAGGCUGUUCGACCGAUUGACUGUGUUGCAUUCGGAGUAGGGUGGUUAUUUGGUUCUCAACGUCCCAAGUCACGCCUAAACAUGCUCUUACACAUGCUCGACCGAUAUGCAGCCCAACAAUCAACAGUCCAAUAACUGGAUAAAAUCCAAACGUAGGAGGCGAUUGUAUUUUCCGAAGCAGUUUCCAUCAUCACUAUCGAAAUGUCGCUAGCAAAUCAAAUUCUACGUCGCGUUAUUUCCCAGUCCUUUGCACGUAAUACCAGCACUGGCCCAGCGGCCGUUUCCGGACAAGAAGCUGGUCGUUCCAAAUUAUGGAAAAAACUUUCCUUAUUUGUCGCUCUGCCAGCCGUCGGACUGUGCAUGGUGAACACUUAUUUGUCUCACCGGAAGGCCCACAAACAUGAGCGUCCGGAGUUUGUGCCGUACGAGUAUUUGCACAUUCGUCACAAACGUUUCCCAUGGGGUGAUGGGACCAAGAGCUUUUUCCACAAUCCUCGAAUCAAUCCCUUGCCGGAUGGCUACGAGAAGUAGGUCUAUGUGUGGCCGAAUGAGCAGUGAUCAUUAUUUUUCCGAUGAUGUUUAUUUAGUAUUGAGA